AUGUUAAUCGAAUGGCUUAUUCUUGUAACAUCUAUAUUAUCUAUAUUAAUAUCUAUUUCAUUUGUAUUAUUUGUUAUAUUUGCAUCAUCAAUACAUUCAGCUAGUAUUGCAUUAACAUGUCAUUCAAGUAUAACAGUUAUCAUGGCAAAUACAUUUCUUCUUCUAAAUGCUAUAUUUAUGUUAAAAAUUAAUUUAGAAAAUAAUCUUUGGUGUGAAAUAAAUGCUUAUUGUUUUCAAGUAUCAUUAAUAUUAAUUUAUCAUUCAUAUUAUUUACAAGCAUUUCAUCGUUUUACAUCAGUUGUAUAUCAUCAUACAAUUUAUUUUCGUACUUAUCAUAUAUUUCUUGCUAUUCUUAUUUUACAAUGGAUAUUUGCUUGGUUUUAUCCAUUUCGUUUAUUAAAACUUGGUUUAUUUACUUAUAAUCCCAUUAUUAAUGCAUGUCAUUUAAAUUGGAAUUUAUCUUUUGAAUUAUUUUUACUCUUAUCUAUAGAGUAUUUUAUUCCAUUAAUAAUUGAUGCUAUUUUUUAUAUAUCAGUUAUAAAACAUGCACAUUUACAUAUUGCUCAAAUUACACAUCAUUCUCAUAGUCAACAUCGAAAUCAAAUAAUUAUAUCUCAAGAACAACGACGUAUUAAUCGUGAAUUUAAAAUGCUUAAACGUAUUAUUAUUUUUUAUCUAGCACUUGUAAUUAUGAAUUUUCCAAGUUUAAUUUUAACUAUUAUUUCUGCAGUAGAUUUACAACAUAGUAUAUCAUUAGAAUAUUCAUAUAAAAUUAUAUUAGUAUUUAUUAGUUGUAUAUUAUUACUUAUUUCAAUAUUUCAAUUUAUUUUGACACCAAGUGUUAAAACAUUAAUUCAUGAUUUUAUUAAACGACGAACAAAUCAAGUGUUUGGAUAA